AUGGGGCGAUGGAACCACCGGAGGCUGAGGUGGAGAAACGGUGCCCAGCUGCAGCACAGGCUGGAGGAGGCGACGGAGAUGCAGGGUGCCACACCGCCGCCGGCACCGCCCUUACAGCAGCCCAUGCCAGCACCGCCAGAGGUGCUGCUCUCGGCCCUGCCGCCGCCGGCGAGCCCGAGGUCGGAGGGUGGUGGGCGGAAAGAGAGGCCGCAGCCGAGCUGGCGGACCGCUGGGGCAAUGGCUGGCAGCCAGUUUCUGGACCACGAGCUCCAGCGGCAAGAGCUGCUCCCCAGGGUCCGGGAAUUUGUCCGCAGGAUCCAGGCCUGCGUCACCAAAUGCCUGCAUCCUCUCCGCCGCGAGGCCCCCUACCAACGUGCCUCCCUCUGUGACCCCCGCAUCAAGGGCAGCAUUGCCACGCAGCUGGGUGGGGAUGUGUCCUGCAACUCUGGUCCUUUCCGGCGAGGCAAAAAGAGUGUCCCACGCAGCACAUGUGUCGACAGCUGCUCCACUGGAUACAGCAGGAUUGUUCAAGAGGGGAAGCAAGUUUGUUGCUACGAUUGUGCUCAAUGCCCGGAAGGGAAAGUUGCAGUGCAGAUCGAUGCAGACCAAUGUGAGAAAUGCCCAGAAGAUGAAUAUCCAAAUCAGAAAAGGGAUCGAUGCAUUCCCAAAGGCACAACUUACUUAACCUACGAGGACCCCAUGGGAGCAGGCUUGGCUUCUAUCGCUGGUUUAUGUUUUGUGGCCACUGUGAUAGUGAUGGGAAUCUUUGGCGUACACUGGAACACACCCAUUGUCAAGGCCAACAAUCGAAGCAUCACCUGUGUCCUGCUCUCCUCUCUACUGCUUGGCUUUCUGUGUUCCUUCCUAUUCAUCGGCCAACCUGGGACAGUGACCUGCCUUCUCCAGCAAACACUGUUUGGCAUCAUCUUCUCUGUUGCCGUGUCUUGCAUAUUGGCCAAAACGGUCACUGUGGUGGUUGCCUUCAUAGCCACCAAGCCAGGGAACAGAAUGAGGAAAUGGGUGGGGAAGAGACUGGCCAUGUCAGUCAUCAUUCCCUGUUGUUUAAUUCAAACUGGCAUCUGUGCGCUGUGGUUGGCAACUUCCCCUCCCUUCCCAGAGUUUGACAUGCAUUCCCAAGUGAGUCAGAUCAUCAUUCAGUGCAAUGAAGGCUCGGACAUCAUGUUCUACCUUGUACUGGGCUACAUGGGUCUUAUGGCCACCAUCAGCUUCAUGGUGGCCUUCCUAGCCCGGACAUUGCCUGAUUCUUUCAAUGAAGCCAAGCUGAUCACCUUCAGCAUGCUGGUCUUCUGCAGUGUUUGGAUCUCCUUUGUCCCCACCUAUCUGAGCACCAAGGGGAAAGACAUGGUGGCCGUGGAGAUCUUCUCCAUCUUGGCCUCUAGUGGAGGUUUACUGGCUUGUAUCUUCUUCCCCAAAUGCUACGUUAUUUUAGUUAGGCCUGAGCUGAACACCAGAGAGCAGCUGGGAAGGAAAAAAUAA